CUGAUUUUUGUUUUGCAUUAUUUUGCCAUGCAUAUUAAAAUUGAAAUAAACUUUAAUUCAUAAUUCAAUUCUAUUAGAUAUUUUAAUAUAAGUAAGUAUGGAUUUCAGUUCGUUUAAUCCGCGCUCCUCGAACUCGUUGAAUCUAGCGGCGCGUUACAAUGACGUCGAGAACGUAAAGCGUUUAUUGAAGAAGACCAAUCCAAACUGUGUAGACAACAGAGGCUGGACGUGCCUGCACGAGGCGGCCGCCCACCAGAGCUACGAGAGCUUGCAGCUGAUUCUCGCUCACCCCGACUGCCGCCCGCUGGCUGAGACCUUCGAAGGCCACACUGCCCUCUACCUGGCUAUCCUCAAACACUACGACACAAGAACCGCUAAAGCAUUACUAGAAAACGUUGAAGAUAUCGCAAACUAUGCCAGUACUGAAAUGGUUUCUCCCUUACACGUCGCCAGCGCACAGGGUUCAACAGAGUUCGUGCAGUUACUCUUGGAUUAUGGAGCAAUCAUUGAUGUGCAGGACUUUGAUGGUGACACUCCGCUGCAUGAUGCUGCGUUUCAGAUGAAGCACGAGGUAGUGGCCCAGCUGCUGCACGCGGGCGCACAGGCCGAGCUCUGGAAUGAGGCUCUGUACACACCGCUGCAUCUCGCCUGCUUUAAAGGUUGCAUGGAGACUGUGCUAGCCCUGAGACCUUUUAUAAAUGAUGUCAACAUAUGCACAGGGAAUGGGGAGACUCCUCUGAUGCUGGCCACACAGAACAAUGCUCUCGAAGUGGUCAAGUAUCUCCUGGACAACAAAGCUGACCCACACAUUAAGAAUGAGGAUGGGGAUAUAGCAUUGAAAGUGGCUUUAAUGCAUGGAUCUGCAGAUAUAUUCAAAAUCCUACUUCCAGUGACUGACAGAGAUAAAAUCAACAAAGAUAUAAUUUUAUUAGCAUGUAAGCCUCACUAUUUUAAUAUGGAUAUAGUUCUUUGCUUGUUAGAGUCAGAUUUGGGUCCAGAGUUUUUUAAUAUUACAGAAGAUUUUCAUGUGACACUAGAGAAAAUUGGUGGAAUACAACCGAGUUAUAGUAAGAAUGCCCCUCUCAACUCAUUCCUGCACAUCAGUGAGUACAUUUGCAAUCACUCGCUGGAUUUGUUUGAGAAGAUGUUCUUCUUGUUCCUGAUGAGAGGAGUUGCAGUGGAUGCGUUGUACAUAGAUGAGUGUCCGCCAUUAGUUUACAUUCAUUACUGUGAACAUUCCAAGUAUUUUGAGGAAGUAUUCACAAUACUCCAACAGCAGGGUUGUGAUGUAGACUACCACAGUGUGAGUGGGUUCCCCGAUGCGUUCAUAGCAUCAAUAGCGACGGGGGGCGCCACAGCUCCAACAAUGCUGCGGUUCAGCCUCGCCUGUGACCCCGACCAGCUGAUGAGGUUCAUCUGUGAAGUCCACAUCAUUGGCCGGAUAGUGUUACUUGCCCAAACCCAGCUGGUAUCAAUGGUGGACAUUCACGGUGAAGGACUUACUGUGGAAACUGUAGCAAACUUCGUACCGACAUUGAAACACUUGUGUAGGUUAACAAUAAGGAGUUGUUUAAGAAAUAGUGGAGUGAAGUCUAGCCGACAACUUCCAAAGGUCUUAGAGCUUUUACCACUGCCGCGUGCUAUACUAGCCUUUCUAAGAUAUUUUUAAGAAAGUCCAAGAGUUUAAAAUCAUAAGUACCUACGUAAUGAUAUUAUUAUUUUGCCUGAAAAGAUGGGUGUUACAAUAAGUCUGAAGCCAAGGCUUGUGAAUAAGUAAAAAUACUGCAGUUGCUAUGAUGACUUCUGUUUUAUUAUAAACUUUGUAAAUAAAAAUAGAUCUCUAUCACAUGAUGCUUUAGUACACGAUUAUAUAUUUUU